UCGAGUGUGGAGAAAGAGAGACGAGCUUCUGAUUCAGUGAUCAAGCAUUUCUGUGUUUUAUAGCAUGAUUACCUCAUUACUUUUGCGAUUGAGGAUGCUGCAAUGGAGGAAGAGGCAAAGGAGACUGCAUAAGCGACGUUAUUGGGUACAUCCAGUGAACUUUGUUCGUGCGAAGCAUGGGGUCUAUCACAGCCUGUAUUCCCAGCUUUGCAGUUAUCCGCAGAAGUUUCUAGACUAUUUCCGAAUGUCUGUGGAAACUUUUGAUAAACUUCUGCAGCUAGUUGGACCUGCCAUCCGUCGUCUGGAUACGAGAUUUCGAUCAUGUUUGUCUGCAAGGGAAAGACUAGCUGUAACCCUAAGGUACCUUGCCACUGGGGAAAGUUUUAGCUCCCUGCAUUACCAGUUUCGUCUUGGCAAGUCGACUAUUUGCUGCAUUGUACGGGAGACAUGUCAGAUAUUAUGGGAGAAGCUGCAACCACUUUAUUUACCACAUCCCACCUGUGACCAGUGGUUGUCAAUAGCAGAAAAGUUCAAGGAUGUGGCAAACUUCCCAAAUUGCAUCGGAGCAGUGGAUGGCAAACAUAUUCGGAUCAAGAAGCCUGCCCACAGUGGAUCCAGUUUCUAUAAUUACAAAAAAUACUUCUCUGUCAUAUUAAUGGCAAUAGCUGAUGCACAGUAUCAGUUUGUGGCAGUUGACAUUGGGGCAUAUGGGCGCACAAAUGACUCAAAGGUCUUCAAAGAGUCCAGUAUGGGUUAAGUGAUAUACCAGGGCAGAUUCAAUAUACCUGAUCCUCGAGAACUACCUGGAACAGAGGGUCCGCUGCUGCCCUAUGUGUUAGUGGGAGAUGAAGCCUUCCUGAUGUGCCAAAAUCUCCUUAAACCCUAUGGCUCUAAAAGACUCAACCGAACCAGGAAAAUCUUCAAUUACAGGCUGACCAGGGCACGACGUUUUGUGGAGUGUGCAUUUGGGAUAAUGACUGCUAAAUGGCGCGUUCUCACCACAAGUAUCCAACUGGCUCCAGAAAACAUAGACAAAGUUGUAAAAGCAUGUGUUGUUUUGCACAAUUUUGUGUCCAAAUUUGAAGCCUUUAAUAACCCAGAACAAAAUGAAAUAGACUCCCAGCUGCCCAGUUUGGACCAGGUUUCUGCAAGAUCAACCAGAGAGGUUUUAAAUAUAAGAGACCAGUAUGCGGAGUACUUUUUAACCCCACAAGGCAAAGUUCCAUGGCAGGACAACCUAUA